UUGAAUAACGAGAGAGAGACCGAGAGAGAGAUUGAGAGAGAGAGAGAGAUUGGGAGAUAUGCGAUAUUAUGGCUUAGCGAUCCCUGGAAGCGAUUAUCGCUUCUGCGUCCCCACCGUAACUCCUAUAUCCCUCAGGCCCACCAGGCCCAUGACCCGAACCAGUAUCGGGUUCGGGUAUCCGAAGGCGAAGGCCACCCUCAACGACGGUUUCGUGGCGGAGGAGGCUUCGGAAUUGAGCUUCUACAAGCUUCUGGGCAUAUCGGAAUCGGGGUCGUUGACUGAGAUCAAGCACGCUUACAAGCAGCUGGCUCGAAAGUACCACCCGGACGUGUCGCCACCGGGUCGGGUCGAGGAGUACACGAAGAGGUUCAUUCAGGUGCAGGAGGCCUACGAGACCUUAUCUGAUCCUUCAAGGAGAGCCAUGUACGAUAGAGACAUGGCCAGUGGUAUUCACUUCGCAUUCAACGCUCGUAGACGCUACCACAACCAUGAUCAGGUGAUUGAACAAAAAAGUGAAUGGAAAGCUCGUUGGCAUUCUCAACUGUCUGAGCUGAAGAGAAGAAGUAAGAGCAAGGAUACUGGAGGGAAUAUGUCAUGGGCUGCUCGAAUGCGCCAGCAGAGGGAGGAAUCAUCAAAUGAAUUGUGACUAGGAUUUUUCUUAGUCCUCUCUCUGUGUGUAUACAUGUGUAUAUAGUAUGUACAUCUUUCUACUCUAGAUCAGAUCAGAUAUAAGAUUAAAGUUGAGAAAACAUGUGCCAGUGCUUUACAUGCAGUUUCCACUAUGCUAACCAUAUAGUUUGCCAAAACCAAAAAAUUUGUGCCUCUUGGCCAUAUUAAUCUAAUUUUUGAUUAUUCUGGGAGGGGGUGGAGGGAGGAUUCUUAGCUUGAAGAUUGAUGAUUAUCU